GCCCGUAGUGGACCCGGCCUGCCGGCGCCACGUCCCUCGCGCCGGCCGCGGCGGCGUCGGUUGGCCUUUGGGCUGCUCCGUGUGGCCGCGGCCAUGGCCUUUACCCUGUACUCGCUGCUACAGGCGGCCCUGCUGUGCGUCAAUGCCAUUGCGGUGCUGCACGAAGAACGUUUCCUUAAGAACAUUGGCUGGGGAACAGACCAGGGAAUUGGUGGAUUCGGAGAAGAGCCAGGAAUUAAAUCUCAGCUAAUGAACCUUAUUCGAUCUGUAAGAACCGUGAUGAGAGUGCCAUUGAUAAUAGUAAACUCAGUUGUAAUUGUAUUACUUUUGUUGUUUGGGUGAAGAUAAGUGGAGGAGAUGGAGACUCAGAGGAAGAGAUGCCAACAGAAGUUAUUGUUUUGGUCAUUAUUGGGAUAUGCAUAACAUAGCCGGACGACUUUGCACUUGACAAAAAUGUAAAGUUGACAAUAAAACCAGAGUCCCUAUUUAUCUGAUUUUUAAAAAUAUUGCACUUCAGUUUCAUUGCAAAAUGAUCAGAUCAUCAGAGGCCAUACCUCUCAGGAGUGGAGUACAUUUGAUUGUUGACCAACUGGUAAUAAAGUUAAUGCUAUGGUAAAAAUUGUUGAAAGGGUACAAAGACUGUCACUUCUGUGCUUUCAGAGAUUUUUCUCUCUCACUUCUCAGGGAUGAAUUUUUUUUUUAAUUUGAAGUUCCUUGUGGGUUAGCUAUGAUGCAAGAGUGAUGAUUAUUCUAAAUAAAAAUUUUAAUAAUUUUAAAAAUGACUACAUAUAAAAUGAUAAAUAUGUAAUUUGGAUGCUUUUAUUUUGAACCCUUUGGUUAAAUAUUUUGUCUAUAUAUUGUCGUGGUUAUGAAAAAUUCAAAUUUAUAGUAAAUACUAAGAACCAUUAUUCCCUGGUUUCAGGGAGAUUUCUAAUUUUGUAAGUGAGAUAGUCACAUGAUAAUUGUGUUUUCUGUUUUAAAUUCUUUCUGUGCAUUUGUUGAUUUCUGAAUUAGCCUGAAUGAUGAGACUAGACCAGUAUUUUGUCAUUGGUAGAAAAAUCUUUAUAUAGAGUCUUUGCCUCUUCUACAAUUAUGGCUUGUUUUUUAAAUUAGCAUACUUGCUAGUUUGCAAGAACAAUCUGAAAAAAAACACAAUGAAACUGUACUAAAUAAGAAAACUUUACUGUAGAGCAUUUACUUCUCCCCCAAAUUAUAUUUCCAUUUCUUGGCAAAAAUCACAUUAAGGGGUGUGGUUAUUUUUUUAUUAUGUCGUUAGAAUUUUUUUGCUGGACAAAUUGUUGUUUGUUUUGUUUCUAUGUGUUCGGCCAUUCCAUCAUCUAUGCUCCUCUCAUAAUACUCUUUUAUGCAGGAAAAAACGAUAUAAAUUGUUUUCUGGAAAUAUCAGCUAUAAUAUUUCAAAGGGAUAGAGUGGCAUCUUUGUUUAUAGGAGAAAAUUUGUAAAUAAAAUUAAAUUUAAGUCAA